CUCAUCGCCGUCGAUCUUUGUUUUUCUGCGGGGUGUUGUGCGUUAUCUCUCCUUGUGGUGGCUAGUCGUGUAUCGCGUAUACAGAGAAUGUUCGCAAAUAAAAUUGUCCCAACUAGUGGUCGCUGAAGCAUUGAGAGUGCGAAAUUCGGUCCCUCCAUAAUCGCAGCCAGGGCCAUGGAGUGUGACGACGCUGCAGUCGAACGGCAAAAGCUCGUCUCCAACGACGAGGAAGACGACCAAGCAACCAUCACCAAUUUGUCCUCCAGCGGGCAGGCGAAAUCAAUCCAAACACCAAUCUCGCCCGUGCUUAGCAAUAAGAUAUUUUCCAGCGGCGAAACGAGUCGCAGCCACAACUCCACUAGCUAUCCGGCCAGCCUGGGAAAGACGGAGAAGAGCGAUGCCCCUCCCACGGCCAGGCUGAAUUACGUCAAUGAGCGUAGGAAUCAGGAAGCCAAGGCCAAACCAAAAAAGCCUCCAAGGGAGCUGACCCCAAGCAGCGCGGCUACGGUUAGCUCUAGUGGCAGUAGUAAUCUCCCGCUCAGCUCGCGGCUUAACCUCCGCGGCGCUCAGAAGGCAACUUCUGACCACUCGCAGGCCAGUAGCAGCCGGCAACACUCGAAUGCCGCCACGGCCAAUAGUAGCUCGAUUAGUUUGAACAAAAGCUAUAGUUUUACCUCACGACCACUAAAGCAUCACUCUUUCAUAUCAGAAGUACCGGACGUGCGGCACAUGGAGCGGGCACUGCUCGGGCUGCUGGAGGACUUUCACUCGGGCAAGCUGAAAGCCUUUGGUUCAGGCUGCACAAUGGAACAGAUGACAAGCAUUCGGGAACAGCAGGAAAGCCUGGCGAAGCUGCACUUCGACCUGGGCAAUGAGGCGUCCCUCGGUGCCAACGCCGGCAACAACGAAGCUCAAUCGCAGAACAGCAUGCGCAAACUGGUGGCCAAGCUGGAGCAGCUCUCGUUUUCGAUCGAGAAACUCCACUCGAGCAAUGUGGAACCGUAAGGGACUCACUCAUUUUAGGUGUUAGUGGAUAUGCUUUAAUAAGUAGUGGGUGUUAUUCGGAGAAAAUUUAACGGAUUUCGGUGUAAGCAUUUUGGUAAAAACAUUGGAGUAAAUUUAUCGCAUAUUUGGAAAGGUUCAAUAACCAUUGAUAAUAAAUUUUUGGACUGGAAAAGCCGACAUGAAUGAAACUUAUUAUUUAACAAGAAAUUUUGGGUUAAGUUUUUGAAAAAAAACUGAAAUUAAGUUAUUUUUGUAGGCACAGAAAAAAAGUUUUCUGGGAUUCAUGACAUUCUUGUUUUUCCUAAUACUUUGUUUCAAUUAUAUUAUUUAUGUAUUUUAAACAUGAAAAAGAAAAUGUGAUUCGGUAAUAAAACAUCAUUUGAUUUUAAAUAUUUAUUUCGCAACGAA